GCCCGGGAACUUUGGACUUGGAUCAUGAGUAGCCAGAAGGUCAGUGUGUGAUCUGCAGAAGAGGACGAUUUGGCUAGAUGGCGGGACUGGAGUAAGAUCAGGUAGCCAUGGGUACAAGGUGGUGCUGACAGCAGAGGGGCAUGGCUGCAGCCCUGCAGGUUCUGCCCUGUCUGGUCCGAGCCCUCUCACGUCCACUCUUCUGGGGGCCCCCAGUGGCCCGGCUGGCCAGUGGCAUGGCCUUGUCAGAGCAGGCACGACACCUGUUUGAGAGUGCUGUGGGUGCCGUGCAGCCGGGGCCAAUGCUGCAAAGGGCACUGUCCUUGGAUCCUGAUGGCAGACAGCUAAAGGUGCGGGACCGGAGCUUCCAGCUGCAGCAAAACCUGUACCUCGUGGGCUUUGGCAAGGCUGUACUUGGCAUGGCAGCUGCAGUGGAGGAGCUAUUGGGCCAGCAUCUUGUGCAGGGUGUGAUCAGCGUUCCCAAAGGGAUCCGUGCUGCCAUGGAUCAUGUUGGCAAGCGGGAGAUGUUGCUGAAGCCACACAGUCGUAUCCAGGUGUUUGAGGGUGCAGAGGACAACUUACCAGAUCGUGAUGCACUUCGGGCUGCGCUGGCCAUCCGGCACCUGGCUGAGGGACUCACAGCUGAUGACCUGCUGCUCGUGCUUAUCUCAGGUGGGGGCUCGGCCCUGCUGCCUGCCCCCAUCCCACCUGUCACAUUAGAGGAGAAACAGAUGCUCACCAAGCUGCUGGCAGCCCGUGGAGCCACCAUCCAGGAGCUGAACACCAUCCGAAAGGCCCUGUCCCAGCUCAAGGGUGGAGGGCUGGCUCAGGCUGCCUACCCUGCCCAGGUGGUGAGCCUGAUCCUGUCAGAUGUGGUGGGAGACCCUGUGGAGGUGAUUGCCAGCGGUCCCACAGUGGCUAGUACCCACAGUGUGCAAGAUUGCCUGUAUAUCCUCAAUCGCUAUGGACUUCGUGCUGCUCUUCCUCGUUCUGUGAAGACUGUGCUUGCUCAGGCUGACUCUGACCCCCGUGGCCCACAUACCUGUGGUCAUGUCCUCAAUGUGAUCAUUGGUUCUAAUGUGCUGGCCCUGGCUGAGGCUCAGAGGCAGGCCCAGCUUCUGGGCUAUCGGGCGGUGGUGCUGAGUGCAGCCAUACAGGGUGAUGUGAAAAGUGUGGCUCAUUUCUAUGGGCUGCUGGCCCGUGUGGCUGGAGCUCACCUCAUCCCAGCCACAGCUGGGGCCUCUGUGGAGGAGACUGUAAAACUCCGUGAGCUUGCAGCUGAGCUCCAGCUCUCAGACCUGCAGCUGGAGGAGGUGCUGGAGGCUGUAGUGGAGGCUCAGGGCCCGGUCUGCCUGCUGGCUGGUGGGGAGCCCACAGUACAGCUGCAGGGGUCAGGCAAGGGUGGCCGGAACCAGGAACUGGCCCUGCGUGUUGGAGCAGAGCUUGCAAAAUGGUCACUGGGGCCUGUUGAUGUACUAUUUUUGAGUGGUGGCACUGAUGGGCAGGAUGGGCCCACUGAGGCUGCUGGGGCCUGGGUCAUGCCUGAGCUUAUGAGCCAGGCUGCUUCUCAGGGGCUGGAUGUGACCACUUUCCUAGCCCACAAUGACUCACACACCUUCUUCUGCCGCCUCCAGGGUGGAACACACCUGUUAUACACAGGGCUGACAGGUACCAACGUCAUGGACGCCCACCUCCUGUUGCUGCGGCCUCAGUGAUGGCAUAAGUUCAGAAAAGGCCUACAAGAGCAGAAAGGGAAGACCAGAGUGGGUCCCUAGGACCUUUUUGUGCUUUAGGACUCCUCCCCUUCUCAUCUCUGGCUGCUUGGUUGGCUCUCCUAUCUCCCACCUCUCUGAAUGAGGUUUGUAGAUGGAAGCUCCUCUCCAUCCUUGCUUUCUGCCGUGGCAUCAGGCAGCCCUGAAGACCAGGACAAGUUCACUGUCUUAGUUCUCCCCUGCGCAGUCUCUUAGAGGAGCCCUUCAGCCUCUUUCUUCUGUGGAGUGAAGUUAGAAAGAUGAAAUAAGCCAGGGAUUUAGCUCAGUGGUUUGGUGGCCUGCCUUGCAAGCGCAAAGACCCGAGUUCAAUC